GCGGCGGGGAAAAUCCGAGACCCGGAGGUUCCGAAGGAGGUGGAAAAGAAAGGCGAAGGGAGUCCUUUGGACCGCUCCGGAGGAGGAAAUACAAACUAUGGUGCAAACAGAAAACUGAAACCAGCUACUAUCAACAACACCAUAGAACUCAGUAGAGUCCUAAAUCAACUAUAAAUUAAGAAAUCCCGUUCCUGAAAGCCAAAACAUGAAACAGCUACCAGCAGAAACUGUUCGACUUCUUUCUAGUUCGCAGGUCAUUGUAUCAGUUGUCAGUGUGGUUAAAGAACUGGUAGAGAAUUCUUUGGACGCUAAUGCAACCAGUAUUGAUGUUAAGUUGGAGAACUAUGGUUUUGAAAAGAUUGAAGUACGAGAUAAUGGUGAUGGGAUUAAGGCAGUUGAUGUUCCUGUGAUGGCAAUGAAGCACUACACAUCAAAAAUAAGCUCUUCUGAGGACCUUGAAAGCUUGAGCACAUAUGGUUUUCGUGGCGAAGCUCUGGGCUCUAUUUGUAGCAUAUCACAGGUUUCUAUUACAACAAGGACAGCUGCUGAUGAUUUUAGCACCCAGUACAAUUUUGAUACAAGCGGUCAUAUAAUUUCUCAGAAGCCAUCUCAUCUUGGAACAGGGACAACUGUAACAGUUCAAAAGCUGUUCAAGAAUCUGCCUGUAAGAAAACAGUUUUAUUCUACAGAUAAGAAAUGUAAGGAAGAAAUUAAAAAAACUCAGAAGAUGUUGAUGGCCUAUGGCAUUAUAAAACCAGAACUCAGGAUAAUGUUUACGCAUAACAAGACAAUUAUAUGGCAGAAGAACAGGGUACUAGAUCAUAAAAUGGCUUUCAUGGAAGUAGUGGGACCUGCUGUUAUGAAGAACAUGGUACCUUUUCAGCAGCACCGUGAAGAUCUGGAGAUAUCUUUCAGUGGCUUUGUUCCAAAGCCUGAUUCAGAUAAAGGUUUGACAGGUCAUUCGAACUCAGAAAGAAGUUACAUUUUUAUAAACAGCCGACCAGUGUAUCAAAAAGAAAUUCUCAAGCUUGUUCAAGUGUACUAUAGCAAGGAUUUUAAUCGUUUGUUCCCGAUAUUCUUUCUCAAUAUUACUAUUCCUCCAUCUGCUGUGGAUGUCAAUUUACUACCAGAUAAAUCUCAAGUAUUAGUACAUAAUAAGGAGUCUAUCUGUCUUGCUAUUGAAGAGAGUUUGAUAUCAUUAUAUGGACCAUUAAAUAGUUCUGUGUCUAAUGAAAUGAAUACAACCAACAAUACCUCAAAAGAUAUUAAUGAAGCCGAACAAGAAGUUACAGGCAAAUCUUGUACAAGAAUAAAUCCACUUGCUUGUACUUCACAAUAUUCACUUAGUAAUGACAUACAAAAUGCAAAUGUACAGGAAAACAGAUUAGUUGGCAAUCAAAGAAUAUAUAAUCAUUCUCAUGAUAUAUCUACUGAAAUUGAAAUACCUGAUAAUGAAAUAGUUGGAUAUGAUCAAUUUCAGGAUUACCAACCAAAUAAUGUACUUUGUCAAGAUCAACAGAAUAAGAAAAUAUUUAAUCUAGAUGAUAAUACUGCAAUUCAGUGUGAGAAUAGCAUGGAGAGUGAUUCAAGAAAUUACAGUUUUCAAGAAGAAAAAGAAGGAGCCAAAACCUCUGCAGAUUCAUCUGAAAUCACUGCUGAUAAAUGGAGUCUGGGGAAUGCAUUUAAAAAUUCCAGGGCAGAAAAUCUGGAACCUGUUCAGAUUUUAAUUCCAAAUAUGGAUGAAGUAAGAACUCAAACGAAAAAGAGUGGCCUAGCAAAACUCCAAGAAGAAAGUAACAAUCAAAUUGUUAAAAAAACAAAUGUGAUAAAAGAUAAAAUGGGUCAGAUUACAGCCUAUGACUUAAUUAGUAAUAAGGUUAUCAGGAAAUCCAUGUCAGCAUUUGAACUUUUUGUUCAAGACUACUCUCCUGAUUCAUUGAGUGAAAUUACCAAAUUAAACUCUGAAAAACUACUGCUGAAAAUGGAAGCAGUGUGGAACUCAUUGAAUGAAGAAGAAAAAAAGAAAUAUGAGGAAAAAGCUGGCAAAGAUCUGGAACGAUACAACAAGCAAAGCAGAAAAGCUAUGUGUCAGAAUAUGCAAACAUCAAUGAGGGAGAGAGAGAAAAGACACAAGAUUAAACAAAAAGACUGCUUAAAUAAUCAGCAAAAAUUGGACACACUUUUUAAUUCACAAAUAAGAAAGAAGCAUGAUGAUUACCAAGCAAGAAAAACUGUACAACUGCCUUUCUCCAUGGAUGCAUUCAAACAAAAACUUCAAAGGCUUGAACAUAAAAAGGCAGAUCAAGAGGAAUCUUGCUUAAUUCGCCUUCCGAAUUUUCCUGAUACAUGGAUACUUGCCUCUGAGGAAAAAAUAGAGAUGCUAAAUCCAUACAGAAUAGAAGAAGCCCUUCUCUUCAAAAAACUAAUUGAAAACCAUAAGCUUCCUAUAGAGAAAUUGGACAGUCCUAUUAUAUUAACUGAGAGUCUUUUUAGUGACUCUCAUUAUAUGGAAGUGCUUUGCAGUAUGUCUAGAGAAAGUGCAAGAUUUGAUGGAUCAUCCUAUUUGUUGGAUCCCAGGCUUGUAGCAAAUGGAUUUAAGAUAAGGAUAAUACCAGGUACUUCAGCUGUGGAAAGUGAGCUGGAAAUAGAAGGAAUGACCAGCUGUCUGCUAUAUUAUGGUAUAUCAGAUUUGAAGGAAAUUCUAAGUGCUGUGAUAAAUAAUAAUGCACAAGAAGUCUAUGAAUGCAGACCUCUUAAAGUGGUAAACUAUUUGGAGGGAGAAGCAGUCCGGUUAUCCCGAAAAUUGCCUUUAUAUUUAUCAGAAGAAGACGUACAGAAUACCAUAAACAGAAUGGGGAAGCAACUUGGAACCCAACAUAACAGCUGUGUCCAUGGUCGUCCAUUUACUCAUUUCUUAACAAAAAUACCACCAAGUAACUAGAAAGGAAUGGAAAAUACUGUUUAAAAUCAUUUCACCCUUUUACAUAUGUUAUACUAUGGACAUUUAUAUUUUUAAAAUUAGUAUUUGGCUAUAACUACUGUAUUAGAAUUUGGUUUGAAAUUCAUGUGAAGGUUAUAUUGAAAAUAACCUGUACUUCUUUCUGUAUAUGAAUAUUCCAAGUUCAUAUCAGCUGGACCUAUAUAUUUAAUGCUGCAUACUUUUAUUUAUAGAUAACCUUGUAAAAAAUAACAGGAGAAACUGUUAACCAAAAUACGCAUUUCUACAUCAUAAACAUUGUUCACAAAUGUUUGGGUAAAGAUAUAUUUUUUUUAAUUUCUCUUCUUAGACAUACUUUUUGAUAUAAAAUACAAUCAAUGUAAUUUCUUAUUUUUUUAUAAUAUGCUCCUGAAUAAAAUAUGUAUAUGGAAAAACAGA